CGGUUCAGAUUUGCAUCGCUGUUCGCACUGAGUGUGUUUGCAAGCGCUGUAACGACAAUGGCACUGUUCCCGCUGCUCAACAACCGCGGUUCCUGGGGUCCCACCGACCUGGUGAGACGCUUCUUGGACGACGACUUCGGAGGCUCCUUCCUGGACGGCGAGCUUUUCGACCCGCCGUUCUACCACCAGCGGUUCUACAUCCAGCCGCGUCAGGCGGCCGAAGGUAGCGUCUGUCCCGCCCGCCAACCGGGCACCUCGGUCGCCUGCACACCCGACAAGUUCGCCAUCAACGUGGACACUCGGCACUUCGCUCCCGAAGAGAUCACCGUCAAGACUCAGGACAACUGCGUCGUCAUCCACGGCAAGCACGAGGAGAAGUCGGACGACCGCGGCUGCUACGUGAAGCGCGAGUUCACCCGCCGCUACGUACUGCCGGAGGACGUCGACCCGGAGUCUGUCAAGUGUCAUCUCAAGCCCAACGGUUUUCUGGCCCUCGAAGCACCGCGCAAAAACGCCCCCAAGGAGCAGCCCAAGGCCAUUCCCAUUGAGGUGAAGCACGAAGGCGCCAGCGGCGAUGUCGCUAAGAAGUGAGCUCGCGAGGCCGGCAGCCUGUCCUAGUCACUUAUCUUAGUGCACGAACUCUCACGACACUGUCAACUACUGCAUUUUUUGUUGUUGUUGUUGCGUCGACAACAAGCGGUUGUAGCCACGGAACUUGUGUGCCUUCAUUUUUUCCCCCCUUUUCUACUUGUCCAGAGGACUGUUGUGCAAUGUUUUUCCCAGUCUCUGUAUGCUUCGUGCGUUGAAUAAACAUGUGAGGCGUUCUACUUC